AUGCUGCAGGCCAUCGGAGAAACGGAGAAGUACAUGACGUCCGUCGAACGAGUUUUGAGCUACACGCAACUUCAACCGGAGCCAGGCUACGAUACAAUUAUCCCACACGCUCCCAGGGAUUGGCCUGAAAAUGGUUGCGUCACUUUUCGAAACGUGUCUUUGAGCUAUUUCCUAGUGGGUCCUCCUGUCUUGAAAAAUAUUAGCUUUAGUGUCGCCGCCGGUGAGAAAAUAGGUAUUGUUGGACAGACUGGCGCUGGAAAGUCGUCAAUUAUAGCUUGUUUGUUGCGCAUGCCCGCAAAAACCGAAGGAGAAAUCAUAAUCGAUGGAAUUUGUGUUGCUGAUCUCAACGUCCAGGAUGUUCGCAUCGCGAUUGCAGUCAUUCCUCAGAGUCCUUUCCUGUUCAAUGAUGUGCUUCGUCGAAGUCUUGAUCCAGCUGACAAAUUUACUGAUGAAGAGUUGUGGGACAUUUUGGACAAAGUGAAACUGAAGUCGACUGUGGUUAAUAGAGAUGGACAACUUUACUGUCACGUGACAGAAAAUGGAGCUAAUUUCAGUGUUGGAGAGCGGCAGUUGAUCUGCUUCACUCGCGCUCUUUUGCUCGGUAAAAAAGUUAUUGUGAUGGACGAGGCAACAUCCAGUGUGGAUACAAAAACGGAUGAACUGAUACAAAGUAUCUUUUGUAAAGAGAUGAAUCAUUGUACUGUUUUGACAAUUCCCCAUCGUCUGAGUACUGUAUCUGAUUAUGACCGAAUAAUAGUGCUCAGCGAAGGGACAAUUAUCGAAAUGGAUUCUCCUAAGAUUUGA